UCUCUCUCUCUCCUUCCUCGAUGUUUUCUCAGCCCGGAUGCUGCUGACAGCACCACCUUCGAUGUUCAGCUGGGGGACAUCAUCCUGACGGCCACGGAUGGGCUCUUUGACAACAUGCCCGACUACAUGAUCCUCCAGGAGCUGAAGAAACUAAAAAACUCAAAUUACGAAAGCAUCCAGCAGACGGCCAGCAGCAUCGCUGAGCAAGCCCACGAGCUGGCCUACGAUCCAAACUAUAUGUCUCCCUUUGCACAGUUCGCAUGUGACAAUGGACUGAAUGUACGAGGUGGGAAACCCGAUGACAUCACUGUUCUUCUCUCUAUAGUAGCUGAAUACACAGACUGACCAGCUGUGACACCCUGCUUUUAAAGACUGGUAUGUCUCCAGCUGUUCUCAGCUUCACACGCACUUAUUUUCCUGCGGGCAGGAAGUCUCUCUCUUUCUCUGCAUCUGACCUCAGUGGCUAAUCACACCUUAGGCCCGUUGCCUGUUUCAAGAUGCAGUCAAGACCCCUGGCCCAAAGACCUCAGCUGGAGGACACCUGGGGACACCUCCAAGCAAGAAAUGAAGAAUUUUCAAUACUUGAAGCCUGUCUUUCAAAACUGACUCGAGAGUUAUCGCGUAGAAAGCGGGGUGGGGGAAAGGGGGCUGAAGAGGGAAUAACCUUUACUUAUUAUGGCUCUGAAGAAAAGGCGAGCAAACAAGAAUGUCAAAUUGGCUCUGCGUAGUGUUCAAACUAAUUCUGGGGAAGGGGCCUUUUUUUUGUUCGUUCCAAAAUCGGCAAGCAGAACCUCCGUGAGGUCCUGAGAAAGGUAUUGCUGGAAAAAGCCCCAUUUCUCAACAGCGGCAGGUCAACGCGUCCUUAACAUGUUGGAAAACUUGCGUUUGCCACUGAAUUCUCCAUAGGCUUUCCAAGUGCAGCGCUCGAUACAUUUUGACCUGGGUGACUUGAAAGUUGUGCUGGGUGGGUGGGGAUUCUGGGAGUUGUAGUCCGCCCAUCUUCAAGUCACCCAGGUUGAAAAAUAUUGGGUCUGUGUGAUGUUAGCCAGGAGCUUUUGUUACUCAAUUUGGAACGCACAACUCGUCUUGAAUUGUGGUGCGCAUGUGCGAGAGAGAGAGAGAGAGUUUGUGAAGGUGCUAAACCGUUAUUAUACCUGGCAUGGCCACGGGGGGCCCUUUCGUAGCUCGAGUUUUUCUGCCAGGUCAUCGCCUGACUCUCUUCAGUUGCAGAGAAGCGUCGAGGGAGGUUGAACCCCGGUUCUGAGUUGGGGUUCCAACAGCAGCCGUCACGCUGCGCGAGCAAAACCCGACUGGGCAGCCUUUGUAUUUGGGUGGUGAGUUUGGGUCCUCGAGAAAGUCCAUGUUUACAGGGCUCUAAUUGCUAAUUGGCAAUAUCGUAGAAUUGUAUUGUUAUUUUUUUUUUCCGCAUCGACACACACUCAGUUCGAUUUUCUCAGUAGCUAUAAGUUCCCCUAGCCCGUUUUUCUAAGCUUGUGUUAAAGAAACAAAAAACAGCUGUUUUUAUUUAUACAUAACGCCUAGAGGUAUGUAUAAAAAUCUCGGUCAGUUUUUCAUAAUGUGUGUUUUUUUUUUUUUUGGUUGUUGUUCUUGCCUGCAGGAGAAACAGAAGUCCUUUGCAACAAAAAGCCAUGUUUUAUACAGCAAGUUGGGUCACAUUGAUGUUUAGUUGAUAAUCUCGGCGAGUAAAAACAACCGUCCUUUUUUUAAAAAAACAAAACAAAAAAAAACUCACAAAAAAGGGGUUUUUUUUACUGCCAGGUUUAUUCUGUUAAAACUGUACGUUUGAGGUUACCUCAGCCUGUUUUAAAUAUUAUUUUUUUUGGUGGUUGUACUGUACAUUUGCAUAAUUGUCUCCGGCUUUUAUUUAUAAUUUAACAUGUACCGUGUACAUGUGGCUCGUUUCAAUGCAUCCUGCUUCUAACAGGCAUUUCAUUUGCGACGAUAAGGGGCAAAAAAUAAUAAUAAUAACUCAUUUUUUAGAAGCUGUUCCAAGCCAACUUUUCCAGGUUUCUUUUAAAUCACCUUUUUUUUUCCUUUUGUCCAGAUUGCCUUAACAACGUAGCUUGACAAAACUGAUCGGUUUGGGGGGUUACGGAUACAGGGUGGCAUACAGUGAAUGGAUGAAAAUGGCAUAAUAGUUAAAAAAAAA